CAUGCUUGCUGAUCACGCUCGGGAAGGCUGAGGUUAAAAAACAAAAACUCAUCUCCUUCACCCUCUGCGCCGUCGUUGGUCCGCCGGUGUCGCUUCUUUUCCGAUUAGACUCCGCGACGAGCACGCCGGAAAUAUUUUUCUGCAGUCAAAGUUUUGGUUCCCGUCAUGGCGUCGAAGUUGGUACAGCUUCAAGCAAAGGCAUGCCAGGCUUCGAAGUUUGUGGCAACGCAUGGGACUUCCUACUACAAGCAGCUGUUGGAGCAGAACAAGCAAUAUAUUCAGGAGCCUGCUACCGUAGAGAAAUGCAACGAUUUGUCUAAGCAAUUGCUUUACACCCGUCUUGCUAGCAUUCCCGGGCAGUACGAGACAUUCUGGAAGGAAUUAGACCAGGUGAAGAGCUUGUGGAAGAACAGAGGGGACUUGAAGGUGGAAGAUGCAGGGAUCGCUGCAUUGUUUGGACUCGAAUGCUUCGCUUGGUUUUGUGCAGGUGAAAUCGUCGGCAGGGGAUUCACCUUCACCGGCUACUACCCUUGAAGAAGAGGUACAGUCUCUCCGAGAAUUCCACCUUUGUGUCAAGCCCUUCUGUUUCAAUUCACAGCUACUACUCUCUCCCUCUCUCUCGGAUCGAUU